GUUUCUUUGUUUCCUCUCACGACUCACUCUUGAAUCAACCCACAUUCUUUUUUUCGUGCGAGAUUACUAUCAAACCUCUAUUACAUUCAUUCUAUACAUUCAUUCUUUGCUGUUUCUUGCACAGUCACACUCAUUUUUUCACUUUAGCUGUAUUCUGUAUCUUAUUCUUUUGCCAGUGGCAUAUUCCAUUCAUUUACCAUUCUUUACAUCGAUCGAAUCACUAUGUACAGCAAACUUACCACCGCUGCCCUUCUUGUGGGCGCUUUUCGCUUUACCAGCGCCGAAUCUUGUACCUACGGAAAAUAUAGCUGCCAAGGUCUCAGCCCAGCACGAUGUGUGUACACUUCCGGAGUUGCAGGAACCGACGGAAAAUACGAGACUGGCUGGGUCAACUUGGACACCUGCAAAGAAGGUUGUUCAGUUAUAGGUGGAGUAGCCCAAUGUGGAGCUGCAAGCGAUAGCGCUGCAACCACGUUGGUAAAAGUACCAACUCAAGUCGCUGGUACGACUGUUGUUGCUGCUUCUCCUACCAAGGGUGCUGUUUUUGCACAAACGGGUGUGGCUUCUAAGCCUACGACACUUUCUAAGGUCGUCAAAACUUCUACUACUGCUCCUGUCAAUGUACCAACUUCUCCUGCUACUCCCUCUAACUCUAAGAGUAUUCUAUCUUCGGCUUCAGGAAAGCCAAUUGAUGCUACAUUCUACUAUGAUGUGGUUAGUUUCUGCUUUUGUUUCCCUUUGGAGCUCUUUCAAAAAGAAUCUAUCAACCGCAUCCUCAAAUUCACAUACUGACACUCAAUCAUAGCACGGAGGUGGAACUUGCGGAGCAGUCAACGGAAUAUCAGCCUAUGCCGAAGUUGGAGGCUAUACCUACUGCGAACCCAGCGACGCGUCUCAAGCAAAGACUCUUGCUCAACGUGGAACCAACAACAUCGUGGCCAUGCCCCAGAACCUCAUCACUGGCAAUGCCUCAAAAUACUGUGGCAAGAAAGUCGUAGUCACUUGGGAAGGAAAGAAACGCACUGACUUGGAACUCUUCAUCUGGGAUUCUUGUGCAUCAUGCACCGGAGAUGAAGGACUCGAUUUCAGUAGCACUAUCUUUGCACAGUUGGCUGGAGAAAAGAACUGUGCCCAGGGAAGAAUUGAGAAUAAGAUGACUUGGGAGAUUGUUGACGAGACUGUCCUACAGUGGAAGCAAUAGAGGAGAAGUGUUUUCAUGGGUGUUUGUGUUGUUUGAGAUGGAAAACGAGAGAGAUAGCGGUUUGUAACAUUAUUUUCAGUUGUAUAAAUUUGAAUCCGA